AUGUACUCGCCCGUAUUGAAUGCCAUUGUAACUCGGCAUGAAAAUCAAAUUAGAAAUAGAAGUGUUAGUGAAGAUUGUAAUGAAUCGUGGAAAAGUGAAGGUGUAAGUGAUAGUGUAUUGAAAAAAGUAGAUAAACCACAUAAAUAUUGUUUGAGAGAGAGUAUUAAACAGCCUCAAAAAUUAGUGAUGACUAAAGAAGGUGUAAAAAAGUAUCCUGAAGAGGCUAUAAAGUACCCAGUGAAAUUAGUGAGAUCAACAGUGUGGACAAAUCAAAUGGGAUCAAACCAAAGACGAAGGACGCAAUUGGGAACAAGCCAAAGAUGGAAGACGCUGAAGAGAUGUAGCUAA